CUGCGCAUCACCUGCGGAACUGAAUCACUCACUCGCACGUAAAAGUCUCUCCACCAUGGCAGUCAAUCCCAACGAAGAUACGGAAUUCAACGAUGCUCUCCGCAAGUACGGCAUCAUCCCUCCUAAAGAAACUACUCCCCCUACCCCUUCACCUCCGAGCUCUCCAAAGUUACACGACGUGCUCGAUGAUCUCACCCCAGAAGAGCUAAAAGAGCUGGGCGAAGAGAUCACUGACGAAGACCUAGACCGUGAUAUCGAUUCAUAUCGGAGACAGCGAUUAGCUCAGGAGCAACUGCAGCAGAAACGCGCCCGCUUUGGGAGAGUCUAUCCAAUCGGACGCGAUGAUUAUACCAGGGAGGUCACUGAGGCUAGUAAGAUUGAUGAAGAGGGUGAUGAAGAAGAGAAAGGCACUGGCGUGAUAUGCUUCUUAUACAAGGACGGAAUUCCUCGGAGCGACAGAACUUUUGGGCAUAUACACGCUCUAGCAAGUCGAUAUCCGCACUCAAAGUUCGUGUCAAUCGUAGGCAACAAAUGCAUUGCAGACCUCCCAGAUUCUCGAGUUCCCAUGUUAAUUGUAUACCGCAAGGGGGAAAUACGGAAUCAACUUAUUGCAUGGGGAGCUGAUCGUGAAAGACAGCUUGAAGAACUCGAGGCACUUUUGAUUUUAUGUGGCGCCUUAGAUAUUUCCCGCGGGCCACUGGGGGAACGACGAGCGACCGAUGGCGACGACUCUGAAGAAGAGGAUGAUGAUUAUACGUCUUCUCGCAUGCGGUCUGCUGCCACAAGUACGAAUACUCGGGCACCCAAAAAUGUACGGGCGCAAAGCAAGAAAGACGACUCGGACUCGGAAUUUGAAUUUGACAUGUAGUCUGCAACAGUGUCAGAAUUUGAGAAGUAUCAAAGUUUAGCACUUAGUGCUUAACCCUCCUUUGCUUCGUGCUGUGAAUCUUCUGGCUGAUCUG